AUGAGUCUUAUUAAGGAUCUCAAACCUUACAAAGAUGAAUGGCGACUCACUGUCAAACUGCUUCAUGCUUGGAAACAAAGCACCAGCUACGGAGGAGAUACGCAUGAAUCGAAACGUUAUCUACCUCUUGGUGAGUGGAAGGUCAUUGACACCUUUAAAAUAGGACAGGCUGGAGGUCAAUAUCGACCUACAAAGCAGAAGUACAAGAUGACAAUCCUUGGAGAUACAGUGAUAACCCCUUCUGAAUUUCAGAAUGAUAGUCACUUCCUUGAUCUUGCUAGCUACGAGGAGAUUGGUAAUGGAAAGUGUAAACCCAAUUUUCUUAUUGAUAUCAUGGGACAAGUUACUGAUCUUGGAGCAGUUGCCAAUGUUCAAGCUAAAGGGAUUGACACCAAGAGAGUUAACUUUUUCAUGCGUGAUAUAAGUGGAAAUGAAAUUGCAUGCUGCUUAUGGGGAAUAUAUGCUGAGCAGUUUGAAAAACAUAUUGAAUCAGAUGCCGGUGAGAUUGAAAUAUGCUUGAUAAGGUUUGCAAAAAUCGGCAACUACAAAGGAGAAGUACAAAUCACCAACGCAUUUGAUGCUACCAUUGUGGUUCUCAAUCCAACAAUGGAGGAAGCUAUUGAUUUUAAGGAGAAGAUGAUGAAUAAUCCUCUUCCUCUAGCUCUCUGUGAUCAGAGUGAUGAGAAAAAGAUAAUGACAAAGAGUGUUGAGGUUCCUUUGAUUGAUCAUAACAAAGAGAGUUCAUCUGAAGAUGUUUCUACACCUUUCUCUAAGAGUAAGGAAGGAGAUGCUGAUCUUAAGGAUAUGAAUUCUACAUCUAAGACAGAGGAAGAUUAG